UGUUAAGCAUUUAAAGAACAAUGAUGGUUUUAGUCAUUCGGAACAUUUCUGCAUUUUACAUCAAAGAACAUUAUUAAAAAUGUCAGCCUCCUUGGUCAACCUUGUGCGUCACACUGUCAAAUUUCAGAGUUAUCAGAAGAUUUUGACAGGUGUGAGUGGUUAUGGAGGACUCCAGCAGCCUGUCCGGUUUGCAAGCAACAAACAUUAUGAUCCAAGGGGAAGGAAGUACAGAAGGAAAAAGACUACUUUGAUAGAAAUGCAUCAGUUGCUGAACAUGAAAGACCCAGAAAUGGAUACCCCGGAUAAAGUGAGAAUGCACAUGAAGCAGUAUGGAUUGUUACCUAGGAAGAUCUUCAGUGAUCAAAUAGACCUAUCAAGUACAAGCGCCACAUUUGAUGAAUUUGUUCCUCCAGAGGGUGAUGGAAAGUCCUCCCUUUUGUCUGUAGAAAGAGGUAAAGAUUUAUUGAGGGGAAAUCUCUUAAAAGGAAGGAACUUAAAAGACCGGAGAAAACUGAAACAAUAUGACACAGCUUAUAACGACAAGUCAUUUGCAGAAAUGGCUCAGGCACAACUCGUAAAAACCUACACACUUUUACAGGAUGUGAAGUCAAACGAGAAUGAACUCCAUCAGCUGGUAACAAACCUUGCCUAUCCUAAAUUGGUGUUUGGCUUGGAGUUUAAGACAUUCCGCUGGAAGUUUAUUGAAUCUAUUGAGCCCCCUAGAGUUGUCCAUGUACGAGUAGAGAAGAUGUUGACGGACGAUAAUUUGUAUGCUCAAGUGACUGUCCGUUGUCACACAAAACAGCUUUUAACAAUCUACGAUAGAUUUGGUCGACUGAUGUACGGCAGUGAGACGGUACCAAGGGAUGUGUUAGAAUAUGUUGUGUUUGAAAAACAUAUCGUAAAUAUGUAUGGAGAAUGGCGAAUGCACAAUAAAAUCACUCCUAAAUGGAUGCCACCACAAGCUCCACAGGUUAAUACUCGAGUAAAACCGGACCUGCCAGACACUGACAAAAUCACCAAGGAAAUGAAUGAGAUGAUCAAUGCUACUGGUACAGGUGGUGAUGAGGAAGCUGAAAAAGUUCAAAACACAAAGUAGAAAAUGAGAAUACAGUAUAUUGUAUGAUUGUGAAUGAUGAGUUAGAUUAUUGUGGUGAGGAUUUGAUAGAUCGUUACCUGACAUGAAGUCUCAGUUCACCCAUUGCGAUCGCCUUUUGUCCGGCGUCAUGCAUUGUCCAUCUGUCAUGUGUUGUAAACAAUUCACAUUUUCGACUAUUCUGCAAACUGCUGAACCAAAUUAGAUGUAAUAUGGCAGGAAGCUUCCAUGGCCAAAGGUCAACCAAAAUUGUGAAUCCCCCCUCCUCCUUUCAAAACUGCCAUUAAGAAACGGCAGCAUUCAGUCAAAUCAACAAUACCAUGACGUACGUUGACAAUUCAAUGAUGUCAACAUUUGCUGUUGUAGUUGUACUCGAUGAAUAUUUAUCUAAAGUCUAUAGAUAUAUGUGUCAUUGUAUCUAUAAUAUAGGUACAUUGUAUAUACAUGUAUAUGGAAUGUGGGUGGUGAAUUUGUGCCCAGUUCAUGUGAUCAGAAUUCACUAGACAUAAAUUUAUAUAGAUAAUGAUAAUUUUAAGAUAAUAACUGUGGCAUUGCUUUUAGUACUGAAGCUAUAAGUAUUGUUGUCUAGGCUUGUUUUGGGAACCUUGAAGUAUUUUAGGGAUAACUGUAUUUUGGACAUUUUCUUUUAUAAUCUCAUAAAAGAAAUAUGAAUUUUGUAAGUAUAAACAUAAAAUGCUGAUAACUUGUUUGUGUGAGAUGUCUGUGUGAAGUGUGCAUGCGUGUGAGAUGUCUGUGUGAAGUGUGCAUGCGUGUGAGAUGUCUGUGAAGUGUGCAUGCGUGUGAGAUGUCUGUGUGAAGUGUGCAUGCGUGCGAGAUGUCUGUGUGAAGUGUGCAUGCGUGUGAGAUGUCUGUGUGAAGUGUGCAUGCGUGUGAGAUGUCUGUGUGAAGUGUGCAUGCGUGUGAGAUGUCUGUGAAGUGUGCAUGCGUGUGAGAUGUCUGUGUGAAGUGUGCAUGCGUGUGAGAUGUCUGUGUGAAGUGUGCAUGCGUGUGAGAUGUCUGUGUGAAGUGUGCAUGCGUGUGAGAUGUCUGUGUGAAGUGUGCAUGCGUGUGAGAUGUCUGUGUGAAGUGUGCAUGCGUGUGAGAUGUCUGUGUGAAGUGUGCAUGCGUGUGAGAUGUCUGUGUGAAGUGUGCAUGCGUGUGAGAUGUCUGUGUGAAGUGUGAAUGCGUGUGAGAUGUCUGUGUGAAGUGUGCAUGCGUGUGAGAUGUCUGUUGAAAGUAAGAUUGUAUUGUGUGAUGUUAUCUAUGAAAUAAAAAUCAGAUCAAA